AUGAAAAAAGACAAAAGGAGUGACAAAAAAAAAACAUCUUAAGCUUCUCUUUAUAGAUCUUCGAUCACAAUUACUGACAUUCCAGAUAAUCUAAUGGAAAAGAAUGAUAUAUUGGCAGAAGAAAUAUAGAAAACUGUAAAAACUCUCACAUACUCAUAAAGAAUUGCUAAAGCUGAAAGACAUAUCUAUGAUGCAUAUUAUUUAAGAACCAUACGCAAUGAUAUAGAUGAAACUAAUAAGAAAUUUCUAAAAAUAUUAUGGAUAAUUGAAAAUCAGUAAUUUUGGAUUUAAUUCCAAUUCCUAUUAACCUUGAUCUAUUAAUUGAUGACUUUCUUUGAAUCAUCAGCAACAGAUGGAUUAGAAGGAUUCAUAUUGGCAUUUUUUGGAUUAGACACUAUAAUCACUGUGAUAUUGUUGAAAACUAAGAAGAAAGGAGGAUUAGGAUUCAAGUUUAAUUUAAAGAGACAACUUAAAAUUUUCUUCUUCUGCAUGUGUUUACUUGACUUCUUUGUGCAUCUUGGCGAUCCGACUAUUGUCAGAUUCAGUAGACUCCUGAGAGCCUUCUUGAUGCCUCUAUACUCUAAAGAUUUAAGAAGAACCUUAAAAGGGAUUUUGAAAGCAAGUCGAGAUUUAUUUUUAUUGAUUGCGUUGUACUUAUUCAUAAUUUCAAUAUUUUCUUUUGUGGGCAUAAACCUGAUUGGAGAAUUGGAUAAUGUUGAUAAGACAACCUAAGAUUAUGGGAACUUCUUAAAGCUGUUCUCAAUGCUCUUAAUGACUGCUACUCUUGACUUUUAUCCUGAUAUUCUAAUACCUCCAAUGAUGUAAGGAACCUAUUAUGCAUUAUUCUUCAUUAUUUACUUGCUGUUGUUUAUAUUUCUAUUUGCACCCAUUCCAUUGGCAGUCGUUUAUGAGGGGUUUAGAAACCAUAGAAUGGAAAUUGCUAUUAGUGACAUCAUCAAGUAAAAGUCAUCCAUGAUGGCCAGCUUUAUCUCACUAGAUUUUGAUGAUCAAGGAUACAUAUCUGAAACCUAAUUUAAGGAUUUCAUUAGAGGUUUUUAUAGAAAUCAAUUGUCUGAAAAUAAAUUAUUGCAAUUAUUUGGAGAAAUUGACAAAGAUUUCAAUGAUAAAGUGUAAUUCGAUGAAUUCUACUAAUUAUUAAAAGUCUUGCAAGAUGGAACUAGGUUCACUCUACCUUCAGCCAAACCUUUGGAGUGUUGGGAAAGAUUAAGGGCUUAUUUUAAUAAAAGAGGACUCUAGAGAUUUAUCGAAGGCAGUUUUUUUGGGACCUCCAUGUUGGUAGUGACAAUCACCAAUUGUAUUCUAAUUAUUGCAGCCUUCUUUAUUGAAGACCUUAGUGUGUUAGAUAUAUUCAAUUCUUUAGACACAAUAUUUUUGGUACUUUAUUCAAUGGAAUGUCUAGUUAAAAUUGUUGCCCUUGGAAUUGGAGAAUAUUUUAAUGAGGGGUGGAAUGUCUUUGACAUCUCACUGGUAAUCCUUUAAAUUAUUUUUGAUUAUAUCCUAUUUAAAGUUGUAACUGGGAACAUAGUACAAUCAAUUAAGGCAAAUAGAAUAUUGAGAUUAGCUAAGAUUCAGAAGGUGUUUCGGUUGUUUAGAGCAUUUAGAUCCGUUAAAAUCAUCAGUUUUUUACUCAAAGGAGUAGAAUUUUUAGAUGUUGUGAGAAGACUAUUAUAUAAAAUCUUAUUCUGCAUUCCCAUAAUUUUUAGGUUAAUGAUGCCAGUAUAAAUGGUGUUUUUUAUUUAUGCUACCAUUGGUAUUUAUGUAUAUGGAGAUGUUGAAACAGUGGCAGAUAAUCCAUAUGCCAAUUCAAAAUGUGAUCCAAAUCAAUUCCAAUACUCAUGGGGAGAUUGCAAAUAUGCCGAUUUUAAAUCAUUCGCUGGAGCCUAUCUAAUGAUGCUUCAAUUUUUCAUUGCUGCCGAAUGGAAUUAGGUUGUUUUUGAAUUAACUUAUGAUACUGGUAAUAUGUUUUCAGCUAUGGUUUUUAUUGGUUCCUUUGAAUUUUUAUCUAUAUUUUUAUUAGCCUUAAUUAGUGGACUUGUUUGGGAAGUAUUUACAAUUGUGUCUUUAUCAAUCAAAUAAGAAGAUGAAUAAGUAGAAAAUGAAAUUGAAAUUUCAAAUGAUGCUUAAUUGGAUACAAAAAUAAAUGGGAUUUCAGGGGUUACUUAGUUAAAAAAGAAAACGAGGAUUUUAAAUGAUGACAAUCCUGAUGUUAUUUAAUUUCAAUCAAACGAUAAGCGAGAUUUAAAAGAGGGCAAUCCAGCUUUCAGAACCAUUUCGGAACAAUUUUAAUAGGACACUUUUAAUGAAAACAACUUACAAACUAGGGAAAAUUCUUAAGUCAGAAUCGUACAAAUCGCACAUUCCAAAACUCUUAUUAGAAUCAAGACACCUGAAUACAAACCUUUUGAUGUUGGUGCUUUAUACAAACAACAUUUCAAAGAUUAUCAGACUUUCUUAGAAUUUAAGUAAAGUAAUGAUGGUUUUGAUGUGCAACAUGUAACAACAGAAUACAUGAAUCAUCUAAGGAAUGAAAUAAAGAAGGAUGAAAUAUUCCAUAAAAAAUACAUCAACAUUUCAAAUCAUCAUUUGCUUAUUUAAAAUGCUGUGCUUAGGGAUGCCUCUGAAGUUUACAUUAAAAAAUAAGAAGAUGAUUUUUUUAAGACUUCAUAUAGAGAGAAAUUUGAAAGGAUCUAAGAAUUGAAAUUCCAAAGUAAAUUUAAGAUUGAAAGCAAAAUAUUAUUCUCCUUAAUGGGAAUUCUGAAAUUUCCAAAACCUAAUAUCAAAUAUUACUUUUAAAUACUUUAUCUCAUUGAAAACUAUUUCACAUAUUAAUUAUUACCUGAAAGCUCUUUCUUCAAAUUAUUACAUCAAAUUAAUAAUAAAUGGUAUUUAAUUAGUAUUGAGGACACUCAAAUAUGUUUUAACAGAUUGCAUUCAGGUCCCUGGGAUCAUUCGGAUACCCUAUUUACAACAAGCAAUCUCUAAAUUUGUGAAAAUCUAAGAAGUUUUAUAGACUAGGACACUUAUGAAAGCAGAACUACAGUGGAAGACUUCAAAUUAAGCUUAAGCAAACUAGCCAAGAACUUUGAGAUGGAUAUCUCUUCAGUAGAUGUCAAUAGCAGUUGCAUUCUCUAUCAAAUUACUAAUGACUAAUAUGGAUACGAUACUAAUUCAAUUAAACUAAAAAGGAAUCAAGAUGAGAUAUCUCCAGAUUAAAAAUUUGUUGUCUUGGAAUCCCAAAGAAACAUAGGUACUAAAACUUGCUUCACGCAUCGUCAAGACUCUUAAAGUUCAGAUGAACAUUAACAUAUUAACAAGACUAUAAUGUUUGUUUUGUCAAAAACUUAAGCUCAAGAAAAAAGAAUCAUUUAUUAAAACUAAGUUAUGUUGGCUUAAUUUAUUUUGGAUUUGGCUGGAGUAAUUCAUAAUUAUUCGCAUAACUUCUUCUAAUAAAUUGAGGAUUUGUAUACUUUAAGACUAAAAUAGAAAGGUAAAGGUAUAAAAAGAAUGUGA